CGCAAGAAUCUUGAACUUGCUCAUUUUAUCCCCCUUCUUUUUAUCUAAUGCUCCAUGAAAGAAUGCCAGCCAAGAUCUUUUUACUGAUCUUUGGAUUUUUACUAAGCUAUAACUUCAUUUAAUUUCACGAAACCCUGACAAACACGACUUGAGUGGGAGGGGAUUCUCGAACGCGGAAAAGGAUUCAAUAACUUCGAAAGAAUUGAACGAGGAGCCGUAUGAGGUGAAAAGUUGGACUUAUUGGAUCCUUAGCAAUUCAUGCGAGGAUUGGUCGUUGGGUCUCUAGAAAGUCCGUUUAUUUAUUCUGGUGUGGAUGGCAGGCAGGCAGUGCCUAUACAUGGAUUUGGGACAUCACACAAAGGCUUCAUCGACAAGUAUGCAACCAUUGGGUUUUAUAGACAGGCUGCAUGCAAAGACUCAACAUCAAUCUGAAAGUGAAAUUGGCCAUGCUGUUGUAGCAGAUAUAGAUGUAGACCUAAGAGAAAUAUACUUUUUGAUUAUGCAUUUUCUAUCUGAUGGGCCAUGCCAAAGGACGUUUACACAAUUCUGCACUGAACUUAUGGAGUAUCAGCUUUUGCCUAAGAGAUACCAUGCCUGGUACUCAAGGAAUGGGGAAGUUACAGGAGAUAAAACUGAUGAUGGCAUUUCUUUCCCUCUAAGCUAUGAUGGUGCUGCCCAAAGGUAUUCUCAUAUCGAAAAGGAUCACUUGGUCAAGCUGCUGAAACAACUAAUACUGCACGUGGCCCCAUCACGGGGUAUAUUUGGAAGAACAGCUCCUACUGCUGCUGAUGUUCCUACUCUGCUUGGAAUUGGCGCCUUUUCACUUCUUGGAUGCACCCAAAAGGAGGUGGAUGUACAUGUUAAGCCUCUGCCUGCAUAUCUACGUUGGCCUCACAUGCAGGCUGAUCAGGUGCGCGGGAUAGGCUUGAGAGAAAUCGGAGGUGGUUUUCCGAAACAUCAUCGUGCUCCAUCCAUUAGGUUUGCAUGCUAUGCCAUUGCUAAACCAUCAACUAUGGUGCAAAAGAUGAAAAACAUGAAGAAGUUAAGAGGACACCGAGAUGCUGUCUAUUGUGCAAUAUUUGAUCGCUCGGGGAGAUAUGUGAUCACGGGAUCAGAUGACCGAUUAGUCAAAAUUUGGUCUAUGGAGACGGCGUUUUGCCUUGCUAGUUGUCGAGGACAUGAAGGUGACAUUACUGACUUGGCGGUAAAUUUAAACAAUACUUUGGUGGCAUCGGCAUCAAAUGAUUACAAUAUUCGCGUUUGGCGUUUGCCAGACGGGCUGCCUAUUUCAGUUUUGCGGGGGCAUACAGGUGCUGUUACUGCCAUUGCAUUUAGUCCAAGGCACAAUUCUGUUUUCCAGCUUUUAUCGUCAUCUGAUGACGGCACUUGUAGGAUUUGGGAUUCUAGGUAUUCCCAAUGUCGUGCACGCAUUUAUGUCCCUAGGCGGACAGAUGAUGUUGCUGGGGGUAACAAUGGUCCUUCCUCAAGUAAUGGUCCUUCAUCAAGUACAAUAUCACAAAAUAAUCAAAUACUAUGUUGUGCUUACAAUGCCAAUGGAACUGUUUUCGUCACUGGCAGCUCUGAUACAUUUGCUAGGGUUUGGAGUGCUUGUAAGCCGAAUAUAGAUGAUUCACAACAACCAACACAUGAAAUUGAUGUAUUGGCCGGUCAUGAGAAUGAUGUGAAUUACGUACAAUUCAGUGGCUGUGCUGUGGCUUCAAGGUCUUUGACGUCAGACUCGACAGAUGAGAAAGUACCAAAAUUAAAAACUUCGUGGUAUAGCCAUGACAACAUUGUUACCUGUUCCCGUGAUGGUAGUGCAAUUAUUUGGAUUCCAAGAUCACGUAGAUCUCAUGGAAAAAUUGGACGCUGGACACGAGCAUAUCAUCUCAAAGUCCCCCCUCCACCAAUGCCUCCUCAGCCACGCCGAGGAGGUCCACGACAAAGAUUCCUUCCAACUCCUCGUGGGGUUAAUAUGAUUGUAUGGAGUCUGGAUAACCGUUUUGUGCUCGCUGCCAUCAUGGAUUGCAGGAUAUGUGUUUGGAAUGCUAGUGAUGGCCGCUUGGUACAUUCCUUGACUGGUCAUAGUGAUUCUACCUAUGUUUUGGAUGUUCAUCCUUUCAAUCCCCGAAUUGCAAUGAGUUCUGGAUAUGAUGGGAAGACGAUAAUUUGGGAUAUCUGGGAAGGCAUGCCUAUUCGCAUAUACGAGAUUGGACGUUUUAAGCUGGUUGAUGGAAAGUUUUCCCCGGAUGGGACUUCGAUUGUACUUUCAGAUGAUGUUGGGCAAAUUUACUUGCUAAAUACAGGGCAAGGAGAGUCCCAGCAGGAUGCCAAAUAUGAUCAGUUCUUCCUUGGUGAUUACCGGCCUCUUGCAAGAGACGCACAUGGAAAUGCCAUUGAUUUGGAGACGCAACUUCCUCCCUACCGAAGGAAUAUACAGGAUGCUCUUUGUGAUUCAAGCAUGCUUCCAUAUCCAGAACCUUAUCAGACUAAUUACCAGAGACGUCGGUUAGGUGCACUGAACUUGGAGUGGCGCCCUCCAUCCUUAAAGUUCGCCAUUGGCACGGAUAUCGGUUUGGGUCAAGAAUAUCAAAUAUUACCUUUGGCCGACUUAGAUGUAGUGGCUGAGCCACUACCGGAAUUUUUAGAUGCGAUGUUCUGGGAACCAGAAAAUGAUGUGAUCGUUGAUAGUACUGAUUCAGAGUACAACGUUACUGAUGAAUACUCUAGUGAUGAGCAAGGAAGUUUAAGUAACAGCUCUGUCGAUGGAGAGAGCAGUGGAGGAAACAACAUUGAUGAUGGGAGUCACAAAGAAAGCCGUCGACGGUCAAAAAGAAAGAAACCCAAGGAUUUAGAAUGGACGUCUAUGUCUGGAAGGCGUGUUAAAAAGAGGAAUUUUAAUGAGCAUGAAGGGACUUCAUCUCGAAGUAAGCGAACAAAGAAAUCAAAAAGCAGCCGCAACAACUCGAAGAGAAAAUCUUGCCAGGUGACGCCAUCAAGACCUCAGCGAUCUUCUGCACGAAAUGGUAAGAAGUUUUCAUUUGGAAAUGAGAAGGAUGAUGACUUUUCAGAAGAUGAUUCGUCAGAAAGCGAGCCAUGUAUUGGGGAGGGAAAACCUGUGUCUUUAGAUGAGACUGUGAAUGCUGUUCCACCAAAUGAGUCGAGAAGGAAAUUGGUAUUGAAAUUCUCAUUCCCCAAGAAGUCAGCAGCUUCUGAAAAUACCAUGGAUCAAGGCAACAACCAGACAACCUCUUCGAGACUUGAAGAAAGCUCAACACCCAUCAAAGAGGAGCUGUCUGAAGACCACAAUACAACUAGAGAGAGAGAAGAGAAUGGUAGACCACAUGAUCGAGUUGAGGCAUCAACUGGGACAAAUGGGUCGGAUUUUAGACGCAAGUCUACUAUAAUAAGAAUUAAACAUAACAUAAAAGUCGAUUCUGAUGUCAAAGUCUCGACUAGUGCUGGAGAUGACUUAACAACAACAACAAUGGGCGAGUGUUCUCAAACGAAAACACAAGUGGAUGAUAUUGCAUCUCAAAAGAGAAAGCCAAUCAAGUUGAAGUUAAGCUACCAUGGUGAUGGUCGAAUGGUAGAAAAUCCUCUAAACACCAAGAAUAGUGAUAAUUUGACAGAAGCUGAUUCAUCCGAGACGGCAGCUGAUGCAAUGCGUAGAACAAGAUCACUGAAAUCUAAAGCCAGUUCUCGUGAAACGAAUGAUGCACCUCAAAAGCACAAAGUGCGCUUAUCAAUGAAGACACCAAGGAGUGAAGAGAAGUCCGCCAAGAAUCCUGUACCUCUGAUUCCUUUCAGUAGUUGUAUGACUAGUGCUUCAGGAAGCAAGUCAGAUGCUGAACUUGGCAAAACCAGUUGGCUCUUAUUGUGUAGUCAAGAAGAGGGAGGCCGUUACAUCCCUCAGCUGGGUGAUGAAGUUGUAUACCUGAGACAGGGUCAUCAGGAGUACAUAGACUCAUGCCACUCGUCAGAACGUGGUCCAUGGAUGUUAUUUGGGGAAAACAUCAGAGAUGUGGAAAUUUGUUCGGUUGAUGAUGUUGAUUAUGCUGCUCUUGCUGGCUCUGGGGAGAGCUGUUGUAAAGCUAAGCUUAGAUUUGUUGACCCUCUCUCUAGCGCGUUUGGUAGAACAUUUAAGUUGACUCUGCCAGAGUUGCUCAACUUCCCUGAUUUCUUGGUUGAGAGAACACGUUAUGAGGCUUCCCUUGAAAGAAACUGGAAUUCAGGGGAUAAAUGCUCUGUAUGGUGGAGGGAUGAGGAGGGAGGUGGAAAAUGGUGGGAAGGCCGGAUUGUUUCCAUCAGUGACAAGUCAAUAGAUUUUCCUGGUAGUCCAUGGGAAAGAUAUUUUGUUACGUAUACGGUCGAUGAUAAUGUCGACCCUUGUCGGCACAGUCCUUGGGAACUACAUGAUAAAGAUAGUGAAUGGGAGCAACCGGGGAUCGAUCCUGAGAUCAGAAAGACGAUGCUCGCUUUGCUUUCUAGGCUAGAGCAGUCAGCUAGGGGAAAUCAGGACAAGUAUGGGAUUAUGAAGGUAAAGCAAAUUUCAGAGAGGUUAGACUUUAUAAACAGGUUUCCGGUUCCAUUGACUCUUGAGAUCAUCGAGCUGAGAAUAAAGAACUUCUAUUAUAGAAGCUUUGAAGCGAUGAACCAUGACAUCACAGUGAUGCUAUCAAAUGUUCGUACUUAUUUUGCAAAACAUGAAGAAAUGUCGGCAAAGAUGAGACGUCUUUCAGAUUGGUUCGAAAGAGAAUUGUCAAAGCUCUAGAAGUUCCUUUUGUAACUUAGGAACAGAUGCAUGAACGAUAAAAUACAAAAUAUAUGUAACAGUAGUUCAUAGAUAGGCAGGCACACAUCCAUUUUUUAAGGAUGAAUCUUUCAAUUCUUCUUUUAACGUUUCACUUUUUUGUUGAAAUCAAAUGGAGACAAUGUUCGAGUUUAA